CACACACACACACACACACACACACACACACACACACACACACACACACACACACACACACACACACACACACACACACACACACACACACACAUACACACCUCUGUCUUCUUCCAUAUGGGAGGGAAAGGUAUAGGGGAUAGCUGCCCUAAUCACAUCUCAAGUGCAUAUCCCUGAGCUCGAGUUUGGAGUAAAUCAGAGAGAAAUUAACAACAAGAGCGCUGACUGGAGCUCCAAGGCCAUGUAUCUGCAUGAGGAGAGGCUGCUGUGUGGUGACUACCCACUCAACUCUCAGCACAGGAACUAUGGCUAUUGUCCACCAGAUUGGAAAGAUGCGGUUCGACGGGGCCAGUCUUGGAACGGCGGUGGUAAAGUCGGGUGUGAACCCGAGCUUUCAGCUCUUCAAGUUCGGGUGUCGCUCCAGGGUCGCGAGCUAUGGGAACAAUUUGGCGAUAUAGGAACUGAGAUGCUCAUCACCAAAACAGGAAGGCGUCUGUUUCCAAGCUGCAGAGUCACUGUGACAGGGUUGAAUCCUCAGGCAAAGUAUGUGUUGAUGAUGGACAUGGUCUCAUUUGGCGACGACAAAUACAAGUGGAGCAGGGAUCGCUGGGAAGUGAGUGGUAUGACCGAGCCACGUCUUCCCAAUCGCUUCUUCAUCCACCCAGACUCUCCCUCACCUGGGGAGAGGUGGAUGCAAUACCCCGUCUCCUUCCACAAGCUCAAACUCACCAACAACACCCUCAACUCCAGUGGCCUGGUGGUUCUUCACUCCAUGCAUAAGUACCAGCCCCGUCUGCACAUCGUCCAGUCUCCAGACCCCUAUAACCCUCUGUCAGGGGGCUACCUGCGCUUCACCUUCCCCGAGGCAGCUUUCAUAGCUGUCACUGCCUACCAGAACUCAGAGAUAACAAAGCUCAAGAUAGACAACAACCCCUUUGCAAAAGGAUUUCGUGACAAUGGGCUGAACAGAAAAAGGUUCAGAGAAAAGGAAGGUCAGAGCUCCGAAAAACUAAAUGAAAGACAACUCCAGAUGGAAUUGAAAUCUUCAAAUGUAGGAUCCAGACCAGUGGAGUCAGAUGAUGAGGCUGAUGUCAUCGUCUCAAGCUCUAGCUCAGUGAAUUCCUAUGGUGCUGCAGGAUCCAGGACUGAUGACAUCACAUCUCUCUCUGCUGCACCUAACCCCUUAAUCUCUGCCUUCAUGAACUGGGGGGCUGCGGCUGCAGCCCUGCCCUGUGGCCAGGAGGGAUGGGGGAUCCAGGAUCCAAUGACCCACAACACCCACACAUACAACACACUUACUACCAGGGACAAUGGCAGCCCUGGGCAGCAUAACGAAGCCAGGCAUACUGGUUUAUCAAACGUUGCUUCUCCUCUCUUCCUCCCACACCCUCCACUGGGCCAGACUCACCACCUAGGGUCUGUUGGCUUCAGGAGGCCCCAGGCGCAGAGCAGGAAACCAGUGGGGCCUCACCCACCUCACCACCGAGGAGGUCCAAGUGGUCCAGCACCAGAACUCUCCCAUAGCCAUAGCCACAGCCACACAUCAGACCACCAGCCCCAGCAGCCACAGCCCCAUCAGGCUGAGUUUGACUACCCUCUCCACCUGCCCCCAAAGGUCAGCAGGAUGUACCUACCUGAGAGUGCCCUGCGUAGCCUGGAGAUGAGCCCCUCCCCCUCGGUGUCCGGCAACCCUUGGUCCCUCACCGACAUGCUCAACAGGAUCCACAGCAGGGAAGGGUCUGGGAUCAACUCAGUAAGCCCCCAGGGGAAGCUGCUCCAGGCCCAGGCCCAGUAUGAGAGGCCAGGCCUGGAGCUGGGGGUGAACAGGGAGCUCCGGCCACCACAGCCCAAUCCACCACUACCUGAUCAUGAGCCAGAGUACCUGCCUCUCCACAACAUGAUGUGCUACCACCAGAACAGCUUGAUUGGCUUUGCUGGGCUGCUAAGAGACAACAAUGUGGACCCUAGAGUACCCUCCUGGGAUCCUGGUGUUUGCAAUCAUCCAGUUUAAACCAGCCUGCUAUGAGGACUACGUGUAUCCCCCGUGGGCUCAGGGGAUUGGCUGGGUCAUCGCCAUGGCAUCCAUCAUCUGGAUCCCCCUCAGAGCUCUUCUUACACUGUGGGUUCUGCCUGGCUUUUUCAAUGAGAUACUGAAUUACUAUAUACUCAUCUGUCAGUCUCUAUCUCUCUCUCUCUCUCUCUAUUCAUCUACCUACCUAUAGCAUUAUUGCAACUUUAGUACAACACCUGCAACCUCCUCAAGAGGUUCUGGUGUAAUGGCUAUGCUAAGGUGUUGGACAAAAUUCAAUUUUUGUGUCCUUUUUGCCAUGUUUCAUAAAAGUUUUGUCUUCCUCCCCCGAGAGAUUAGUAAAGUUAAUCGCCCCCUAUUCACCGGAGAAUGAGAAGUCAAAAGUACCAUACUACCUGGGGAUGGGAGGACAGACAUACCCAAACAUAGCAGUCAUCAGCUGCUUUGCUCCUCUACCAGAGAAGCCUCACAUUCAGACAAACCUCUGAUACUGACUCUCCCUACUGAUGGCCUCUGUGCCUGUGAGGUAGGGACUAUGAUAGGCUUGGAGAGCCAGGUGAGGGUUCACUCUGUAUGUCGAGCUUGAUUCACAUUGGGGCUGGAAACCAAACUGUGGACUGUCUGUGGCCUCAAGAACUGACCACUAUUGGUGUCACUUGAGACUUAUACAGUAUUACAGAUUCAUCAAUGGGGAUGUGGCUGGUUCUCCAAGUGAAUGUCAAGACCUUUUUUGAACACUAUUAUAGUCAAUAAUGUGAAAACAAAUACACAAAAUUGAUAUUUUACAUCCAAGAAGCUUACCUACCUCUGUUUUGAGUCAUCAGAAUGGAAUAUGAUGAGGAGUGGGUAGUGGUAAACAUGACGGAUAGGCCUUAACUAACAUGUCCAUAUGUUGCACUGUCUGAGCUUUGGUACUAUGUCACGUAAAUAAAAAUAAAAAAAAUAUGCCACAUGUUGCCAUGGAUAAUCUAAGUCAAUGAUCUUAGAACUGGUUGUUUGGCUACAUAUUAUAUAUUAUGUAAAAUAUUCAUUGCAAUCUGACAAAGGGUUACGUUCCGUGACUCAUAAAUGAUAAGUUACCAUUGUAAAAUGAUUGUAAAUUAUACAGUAUAUCAACAUUUAUUUGAUAUACUGUAUAUUAAAAAAAUACUAAAAUAAAAUGUUUGAAAGGAAAUUUAAUCAGGCAUAAUUAUGUCAAGUAUUAUAAAACCUCAAAAUAAUCAGGAUAUUGUCAUUGUAGUAGGAUAAAUACUGUACAACUCCUGUCAUGUUGUGUAAAGUA